GGGACUGUCCUGUGGCAGCCGGCGGGCCCAGGAGGACGCCGAGGACCGAGCGCGGCGGCGAUGGAUGACCACAGCCUGGAGGAGUUCCGCCGGCGCUGGCAGGAGGAGCUGGCGCAGGCCCAGGCGCUCAGGAAGCGGCGGCGGCCCGAGGCUGCCGAGCGGCGGCCGCGACAGGCCGAAGUGGCCCCAGGGCGCGGCGAGCAGGCCUCGGGGUACCUGGCGCUGGCCCAGGGCCUCCUGGAGGGUGCUGGGCGACCCCCGGCGGCGCGGGCGACCCGGGCCGAGAGGCAGGAUGCGGCGAGCCGUUCCCGCUCCCCUCCGGCUCGGGAGGGCGCCGGGGGCGGGGAGCAGCUGGUGGACCAGCUCAUCCGCGACCUGAAUGAAAUGGAUGAUGUGCCCUUCUUUGAUAUCCAACUGCCUUAUGAACUGGCAAUCAAUAUAUUUCAGUAUCUGGACAGGAAAGAACUAGGAAGGUGCGCACAGGUGAGCAAGACAUGGAAGGUGAUUGCAGAAGACGAAGUGCUCUGGUACAGGCUGUGCCAGCAGGAAGGGCACCUUCCCGAGAGCAGCAUCUCUGAUUAUUCUUGCUGGAAGCUCAUCUUCCAAGAGUGCCGAGCCAAGGAACACAUGUUAAGAACCAACUGGAAGAAUCGCAAAGGCGCGGUGAGUGAACUGGAACACAUCCCUGAUGCGGUUUUGUGCGACGUGCACUCCCAUGAUGGCGUUGUCGUUGCUGGAUAUACAUCAGGGGACGUGAGGGUGUGGGACACCCGCACCUGGGACUACACAGCCCCUUUCCUGGAAUCAGAGUAUGAGGAGGACGAGCCUGGAAUGCAGCCAUAUGUCUCCUUUGUGAGGAUAAACAGCUCGCUGGCGGUAGCCGCUUAUGAGGAUGGAUUUCUUAACAUUUGGGAUCUAAGGACUGGGAAGUAUCCUGUCCAUCGUUUUGAGCAUGACGCCAGAAUACAGGCACUAGCCCUCAGCCGGGAAGACGCAGUUGUGGCCACAGCUUCUGCUUUUGAUGUUGUGAUGUUACGCCCGAAUGAGGAGGGAUAUUGGCAAAUCACUGCCGAAUUUGAAGUUCAGAAACUGGUUGACUACCUUGAAAUAGUUCCAGAUACUGGAAGGUACCCUGUGGCAGUGGCCACGGCUGGAGAUCUGGUAUACCUGCUAAAAGCCGAAGACUCUGCCAGAACCCUCCAUUAUGUCUACGGCCAGCCCGUCACGUGUCUGGAUGUCUCAGCCAGCCAGGCUGCUUUCGGUGUGAAGAGUCUAGGAUGGGUAUACGAAGGAAACAAGAUCCUGGUGUACAGCCUGGAAGCAGAACGCUGCCUCUCGAAGCUGGGCAACGCGCUUGGUGAUUUCACUUGCGUCAACCUCAGGGACAGCCCUCCCAACCUCAUGGUCAGUGGCAACAUGGACAGGAGGGUGAGGAUCCACGACCUCCGCACUGACAAAAUCGCCCUGUCGCUGUCUGCCCACCAACUGGGAGUCUCUGCAGUGCAGAUGGAUGACUGGAAAAUCGUCAGCGGAGGCGAGGAAGGCCUGGUCUCCGUGUGGGAUUAUAGGAUGAGCCAAAAGCUGUGGGAAGUGCACUCCAGGCACCCCGUUCGUCACCUGUCCUUCACCAGCCACAGCCUCAUCACGGCCAACGUGCCCUACGAGAGGGUGGUGCGCAACACGGACCUGGACAACUUCACCGCUCACAGAAGGCACCGCGGGCUGAUCCACGCCUACGAGUUUGCCGUGGACCGGCUGGCCUUCCAGAGUGCGCUUCCCGUCUGCCGAGCAUCUGGCGACACGGCGCCGGCCUACAGCUACGACCUUGCGCUCGCCUUUCCCUAGGACCGUGGUUGAGGGCGCCCCUCGUGGGGGAGCUGGGAGAAGAAAGCCCCCCCCUCCCGCCCCAGCCUAGCCCACACCUGUCGGACCCCACAGGUUCCUGAACUGCCUGUGGGCAGGACAGUGGCGUUGUUUUCUCUCUCUGGCUCUGAGUGCCACACACUGUCCCUCCUUCCUCCUGCAUCUGCUGCCCUGGUGAUGGGGUGGGUCUCCCCCCGCCAUCCGUACACUACCCUGCAGGGCCCUGCUCGCCACCUUUCCAGUCUUCAAGCCCUUUGCUCUCAGGGGAAUGGGGCUCUGAGAUCACAUAUGCACUCUGGGUGGUCCAUUACCCCCCGCGCCCCCCCCCCCCCCCCCCGUGCAAACCUAGGCUAGCAGGACUCUCUUCUCAGUUUUUACCACAGUUUAUAAUUAUUUAUACACUUACUGCAUUAAGGACUGUUUACUUUGUAUCACAUGUUGUGGACACCACAGAUUAUUUUCUACCAAUCGGCUGCAAAAACACCCUCCACCUAGGAUGGACAAGCUGGAUCCUAAAUCACUGGGCGAAAGCAGGGCAGUACUGGGGAACUCUUCCAAAAGAUUAAGAGGGCAAACCAUUGCAUUACUCUUGAUUUAGACUAUUCUGAGCAGUGGCCACUAAUAUCCCUUCAAAAUAUGAAAGCAAAAAUUGAUAGAACUACAAAGAGAAAGUCCAUGCUCCUAGUGUGUGAUCAACAGAUACAAUCAGUAAAAAAAAAAAAAAAAAAAAUGGAUUCAGAGGAUUUGCUUAAUAGAAUUAGGGUUUUGUGCCUUUUUAAAUAUCCACAGACCACGCACAGAAAAUGGCUGUCUGAAGACCACAAAGACACAUCCAGGCCCAAGUCAGUGGACCCCCUGAUGCAAUAAAAUUAGAUAAAGUGAAAAAAAUGGAAAAUGUGAACCCUCUGGGCCAUGAAAACACUGAAUAUCAAAACCCCAGGGGUGAGGCCAGAGUAGACAAAGAGAAGUGAGGCAAAAAUAGAUAAAUGGAUAGUUGUCACCUCAACUAGUGACCCCAAAAAGGGAGGAAUUAAGGGUUAUGAUGGAAUAGAAAACCAACAAAUCACAAAGUUAAUCAUAACACCAAAACCCUAUGCUGGCCCCAUUUUACACCGGACCAGCCUUUGGAAAGCCAAAAAAAAAUUUUUUUUUUUUAGUGAGUAGAGGGGCAAGUGAGAGAAUCCUAAGCAGACUCCCUGCUGAGCACAGGGCUCGACCCCACAACCCCAAGAUCAAGAGCAGGAUGCCCAGCUGACUGAGCCACCCAGGCGCCUCCAGAAUAUACACCUCUUGAUACAGAAAAGCACAAGGGGCUGUGAGAAACCGAAGAAAGGAGGUAAUUAUGCACACAGGAUUUUCAGGGUGGGGAUGAUCUACCCACAUGAAGCCGAGAGAAAAACGAAGCUCUCCUACUGUACAUGAGUGUAUAAAAUUGGAAGUAUUUUCAGAGUGCCUAAGAUAUUCCAUCGUUACAAACCUCUGUGCAACUCGAUAGGACAGUGGACCCAGAGAAAGAGCCGCACCUGGGAAUCGUCCCUUGCUUUCAGACGGCCUUCUGCUUCCUUUCAACCAAAUUACUUCCGAAAUGAAGCUAGUCUGCAGUUAGCAGAUGAAGUAUUUACUCCUGUUGUCAUGUGGUGCUCUGACCCCCUCGUGACCUCGCUCUCUAAGGUUUUUCAUCUCUCAGAGCCCUAGUGCAACUGGACCGCUAAGUAAACACAUUUUUCUUUUAAGAGGCAGGCCCUUUCAGUUUGAGUUCACCACUCAUCUUACAGAUGUGUUCUCCCUUCCCAGCUUUGCAGCCAUGAAAGGUCCUUGAAAACCCAGAAAAUUCUACCAAAACUAAAAAUAGUUUUAAACUAUUGUCAUUUGCUGCCAACAGUAGUCCAGUAUAAAAUGUCACGAUUAUAGGGGUUUUCUUUCCUCCCCAACCUGUUUAUAACCUCUCUCAAGGAAAAUUGCCUGGUUCUGUGAAGGAGGGUUUAUCAGAUCCAGACUGAAUCCGAGUUUGCUGCUGCAAACUUUACACCGUGGAAGGUGGGGAAAGGACCAGAGUUCCUCUAGAAAUCAACAUUUACCCAGUGACUUAAAGAAAACCCUUUGGCCCACGUCCACCCCUUCCCCUCACCCCACCUUACCUUCAUCCCCGUUGGCUAGUUUGAGGGAGUUUCUUUGCAAGUUCAGAGUUGUGAGCAGAUGUAUCAUUUCCUUUUCUUCUGUAGCUCUUCUGCUGCUCAGACUCUUUCCCCCUCCGUCUCCCCUAAAGAGAAGAAACUCAUGUCACUGGGGGAGCCAGAGGGCCCAGUACCCCAGAGCUCUUGGGUCUUAAAAUGUCAUCUGCCUUUUGCUUAUACUUUAUAAAAUGUCUUUUGGUUCUAAUAAAUUUUUAAAAUCCG